AUGCAGCUCUGGGCGUCCAUUCUCGCCGCAAUGCUCGCGACGUCGGCCGUUGCAGAUGAAGCCGCGCACCUGAAAGUUGUCCGCCAUCACCACCGACUUCACCACGAAGACGCCGACAAGAGCCACGACGUGCACGAGCGCGCGGUGAACCAGGAGGCGCUCACGAAGAAGCAGGACCUGUUCUACCGCAUGGCCCACAUGAAGUCGACGCCGUGGGACUCGAAGCCGGAGGAACGCAAAGCCAAGUGCAGCGACAUGUGCCACCUGCAGAGCUUCUGGGGCUUCCAGAAGGGCCGCAACUGCGGCAAGCAGCACGAGAGUCUCUGCUCUUUGUACACAUCGGGUCUCGCGUCGAUGGAGUUUGUGCUCACGGUGGCCGAGUGCUCGUGCAACGGAACGGAUGGCAGUUCAUGA